AUGGCACGUCGCCUUGGUCCAACGACCACUCGCUACUACCACCACAGCGGGCCACAGCGCGACGACGACGAAACGGACGACGGCGCCUUUGACUAUGAAUAUUACGAGACCUACGACGAUUACUCCAGAAGUCGUGCCGCGCGCGAGCCGCGCAGUCGCGCUGGCCCAGGCGACCGAGGCAUACGCGAUGGUCACAGUCCACUGCACCAUUCGGCCAACGACGAGGACCACGACGACAACGCUGACGCCGACCGGGACCAUGCACGCCGGCAACGACGGCGACGCAGUGGCGGCGGCCUCGACGACCCGCGCGCGACGCGCAGCCGCGACAUCCACCUGCACUCGCCACGGCUGGCCGCCGCUGCGGCGGGGAGCUACUUUAGCGCGCGAAACGGCCGAGGCCGGCAGGACCAACAAGGACGGGACGACGGGGCCUCGUCUCGGAAGCCUCGGUCAAUACCGGGCGGCGACGUAGACGUGUCCAAGGCGGGCCCGACGUACGAAACGCCACGGGGACGGCCGCCGCUGCCGCCCGGUUGGCUGCCUCUGUUCAGCACCACGCACGGUUGCUGGUACUAUGUCAACAAGGACUCGGGCAAGCCGCAGUGGGAAGCGCCGGGCUUUGAGGUGAAAACGCUGCAAAAGGAGCAGCGCGAGCGGGAACGGGAACGGGGACGGGACAAGCCAACGCAACGGGGCCGAGACGCGGGCCAGCGCGGCCUGGCACCACGGGACGUCUCGCCGAGCGACCGCAGCGGCCGCAGCCACUCGGGACACAGUCGGCGGAGCAGCAACCUCAGCAUCACGGGCAUGCUGCUGGGUGCGGCGGGCGGCAUUGCCGCCGGCGCGCUCGUGGCCAAGGCUCUCAAGAAAGAUGGCUCCGAGCGGAGCAUCAAGCGGCACGGCGGCCAUUCCGAUACGUUGGCCACUGCUGACCGUCGACGCGACCGGGACCGGGACGGCCGACGAAACGACAAGGACGAUUUUGAGGAGGACAACGUGCCGAGCUACCACCAUAGCCAUGGGGGCUCCCACAACCACAGCCACGGCGACGAUCACGGCCAUGGGGGUGGACACGGCCAUGAUCAUGGUGACGACGACGACGACGACGACUAA